UGGGUGGGGCUAGCUGGGUGGGGCUAGCUGGGCGGGGCUAGCUGGGCGGGGCUAGCUGGAGCCUCUCACUGUCUGUAGGCCCGGUGGGGUCUGUCACAUACAGGCUCCCACACAGUGUCAGUCACUGUUUCUUCACCUCUCCAUCUCUGUUUAUGCACCUGUUGUUCUUUCCUUUCACCUCAUUUGACCUCUGUAGAAGAACCCGGUCAUCUGUGUGAAUAAUUGACCUUUCUACAUCUCCAAACCGCUACUGUAUUUGGUGAACAGAUGCGAUAUUGCCAAUGCCGCAAAAUUUGUCUUUUGUAUCUUUCUACGUUUUGAUGUUUGAACCUCCUCAACAUUAAGGACUGUGUUUUCUAUUCUUCUGAAUGUCAUAUUGUUGUACAGAAUGCUCUUUACUUUCCACAGUUGAAGAAAAAAAAAAGUUUUUCUUGCGUGUGAACCUGAUCUACCAUGUGUGUGUGUGUGUGUGUGUGUGUGUGUGUGUGUGUGUAUGGUCCAUGAAAGUGAUUGUGUGUUUAUGUGUGAGAAAGAGAGACUGAGAAGGAGAUUGUAAGUUCAUAGUUAAGGCAUGAGUGAGUGUGUCUUAAAGGUUGUUGUUUUAGGUUGUGUUGUAAAUACCCCCCCCCACGUCUCUACAGGGUUGUGUUGAGUUCUGCAUCUUUUAUCGUGAAGAAAAAGAAAACCUUGUUUGAUUGUAAGCCAUGUCUGUCAUCCACCCCAUUGUAUUUAUUUCUUUAUCUCAAUAAUGUGUUCCAUUGAAGGAUGUUGGUUUUAAUUGGAGAUAGAGGGACACUGGAGAAACAACCUCCAUCCUCAAAAAGGCACACAGGAUGUGAUUUAUGCAAUAAUGACUGAUCACAUAAUGAAAUUAUGAUCAAUAAAUUAACAUGUAUUCCUUUUGGUAUGCAAUAAUCACACCCACAUAGGUCAGCUAAUUAAUUUGUUACCAAUCCAAUCGCCUAGAAAUAACCAAUUCUACAUUCCUCAUCUAAUGGACACCUUUUAAGGGAGAACAGUGUAUUUUAUAUAUAAAUAUAUAAAGAGUGUUACGAAGAAACCUGUCAUAUUUGUGUACAGAACAAUUGAAUGAAUGGUUGGUGAAAAUGUUGUUUAAAUUUGUUUUUUCUUCAGAUAAAGAAAUGAAGGCAAUAUGAAUACAAACACGUUGUCAGAGGACUGUUCAUGACAUCAAAACUAUAUUUGUUUACAUUUAUUACUUACAAACAUUGUUAAACUAGUCAAUAUUUUGCAAUCAUCUUGGCACAGCAGUCACAAUAAGCUCAUGUAUAAGUAAUUCUUUAAGUAUCAGUGGGUGAAUAUCAGUUAUCCCUAAAAUACUUACCUCCAGGCUGCCCCUUUUAGAUCCAGAAACAAUACAUCGCUUUGCGAUGAAUAACUCAUAAAUGUAAGAAUAGAAGCACUUAUAGACUAGUUGUGGAGAUCCGGUACCACACUUUUAAGGGGGAAAAAAGUAUUUAGGAGUAUUUUUGUUUGCCUUUGGUAAAAGAUGCUGGGAGGUUUAUGCGUGAUAAUGACGUGCAGGUUUUGUGUCCUAUCUUCUGGUUGAGCUUCUGCAUUUACUCGAAGAGAGACAGUCCGGUGGUUCAAAUACUGGCUGCAACCCGAUGUUCCAGCACUGCUAAAGAGGCCGCAAUGUAUGCAGAGUGUGUGGUGAUCUGAGAUGAGAAGCUACACCCCCUCCCUUUCCUCUACGCGUACAUGGCACAGUCCCAGCUCCCUCCAGCGAACAGGGAAAACGCUUUCCGGGAGAAUAAACUUUUCUCACAGAGCUCAGCAAACCCGAUUGGAGCUAACCCCCGGGCCAACCGCUUAUUUCAGAGGAACGGCUUUACUAUGUGGAGAAAGAAAUCGGCAUUGGGAGAAUCUAUUGUUUGUCUAGUCUUACUCAUGACGCUCUGCGAUGCUCAUCAAUUCCUUACUAGGAGCAGAGCUUCACAGUUUCUAAACAGACAGCGCAGGGCCAAUUCUAUGUUCGAGGAGAGCAAGAAGGGGAACCUGGAGAGGGAGUGCAUCGAAGAGCUGUGCAAUAAGGAGGAGGCCCGAGAGAUCUUCGAGAACAACCCAGAGACGGAAUACUUCUAUCCCAGAUAUGUCGCGUGUCUGGGUUCACACCGUGUCGGCAUUAACAACCACGACUCUGGGAUCACCAACAUUCCUUCUGACCUCAGGUCCUGUGUUAAAGGGAUCAGCAACCAGUGUCAUCCGUUGCCGUGUUACAAGGAGGGUUAUGAGCGCUGCAUUGAUGGACACGGCUCCUUCACCUGUCAGUGUAAACCGGGCUGGAAGGGCGUACGCUGUGAGGAAGACAUAGAUGAGUGUCUGGACCCAGAGUACCCUGCUGGCUGUAACCAGGGGUGUCACAACAAUCCCGGGAGCUUCCGCUGUUUGUGUGAGGAUGGGUACAGGUACAGCAGCAACGACCAGAUGCACUGCACAGACAUCAACGAGUGUCUGCUGUACCCCAGUGUCUGUGAAACCGCAAAGUGUGUCAACACCCCGGGCAAGUAUGAGUGCCAAUGUCUCCUAGGAUUUAAGUACAACUUCACCUCGCACUCCUGUUCUGACGUGGACGAGUGUGAGUGGAACGUGUGCGCCGGCGAGUGUGUGAACACGCCAGGUAGCUACUCGUGCCACUGCAACGGGCGGCGGGGCCUGCGGCUGGCUGAGGACCUGCACGCCUGUGAGAGGGUCCCAGUGUGUGUCCAGCUGUACGACUACAAACACCCUGAGAUGCUGUACCUGGGAGAACAGUUCACAGGUGGACCUGUCAUUUACCUCCGCUACAGACUACAGACUGACAACACCAGGUUUGCUGCAGAGUUCGACUUCCGUACGUUCGACCCCGAGGGGGUGGUCCUGUACGCGGAGUCCUACAGUGACUUAAGUUCUGGCCCAGCGUGGUUCAUGUUGGGGCUCAGGGGAGGACGCAUCGAGGUCCAGUUCAAGAACCAGCACUCCCUGAAGGUGACCAGUGGAGGCAAGGCCAUCAAUGAUGGGCAGUGGCACGUGAUUUCGGUAGAUGAACUGGAGUCCAGUAUUAGCGUUAAGAUCAGCAAGGAGGCGGUGAUGAGUAUCAACAUUCCAGACAGUCUCUUCAGUUAUGUUGACAGGAAGAUGGACACCAAGGUUUACAUCGCUGGUCUUCCCAACCACACGGACAGCCUCAUCAAACCGAUUAACCCUCGUUUGGACGGCUGCAUCCGGGGCUGGAACCUGAUGAACCAGGGGGCAUCCGGAGUGAAGGAGGUCAUCCAAGAGAAGGAGAGCAAACACUGCUUUGUAAAUGUUGAGAGAGGAACCUACUUCACUGGAAAUGGCCUGGCUCACUUCAAUAUAGACUACUACAGUGAGUCUGACACCUGGAGGGUGGAUCUGGAGAUGAACAUCCGUCCAUCCAGCAGUACCGGGGUUCUCUUUGCGUUGGUCGCCAAUGAUACCGUCCCCCUGUCUGUGUCCGUGGUUACACAAGGAACCGACGAUGCUGACCUGCAGGUGUUCCUGGAUGGUGUAUCCGUGGCGACUCUCCAGACGUUGAUGUUGUGUUACCCAGAGCGACUGGCUGUGGCGCUGACGGUCACCCCAACCACAGUGGAGUUAAGAGCCAACUCCUCCACCUCCGCAUACAGCCUCCCUGAUGGGGCCCUGGGCCAACUCAACAGCACCAUGAUGCAGCCCAUCAGGACAUACAUCGGAGGAUUGCCAGAUGGCAUCCCGUUGUCCUCCACCCCAGUGUCGGCCUUCUAUCACGGCUGUAUGGACAUCACCAUCAACGGUCAGCUGUUGGACUUCGACGAGGCCGUCAGUAAACAUAACAGCAUCAAGUCCCACUCCUGCCCCCCUGUCUCCCCCCCUGACACGAAGAACAACAAACCCUACCAGUCACCAUACAGGAACUGACCUCACAGCAAAGUCAACCUGUCACUAAAUGUCUCAGCCCCAAGGCCAAACACUGUAUAUGACCUAAUAACAAAUUAUUGGGAACCAGGGUUCCCAAUAAUUUGGUGGACUUGUGCAAUGCGGUCACGACUCUGUUGAUUUUAUUUUGUGCAUUCUUUGUUAUACAUACUCUUUCUUAAUUGGAUACCUUUGUCUCACAGCUGUUUAUUACGUCUUUAUAAGGUCUUCGGCCUGUUCAGUUGAAGAAUUGUUUGGUUAUGAAAACAUUGAUCUUUAUCUACCAAGAAAUGUAUCUACCACAUCCUGGCUUUAAUACAGCAUUUUUUCCCUAUGUGUAUCUAUUGUCCUCUCUGUCCCCCAUCUCUCCUCUCUAAUGACAACUCAAGAUUUCAGGUUUCAUCGUGUAUAUAAAACAAACUCACUUUAAUAUAUAAGUUAAAUGUAGUUGUUUUUUUUUUUUUUUAUGGAUUGAGUGGUUCGUGUGUGUUUACUUCAAUAAAGGUGGCUUUGGCACUGAGAA